GUACAUUGUGUGGUGGGUGUGAGUCGCUCUGCCACCCUGGUCCUGGCCUAUCUGAUGCUGCACCAGCAGCUGUCGCUGCGCCAAGCAGUGAUCGCUGUGAGAGAGCGCCGAUGGAUCUUCCCCAACCGUGGCUUCCUCCACCAGCUCUGCCAGCUAGACCAACAACUGCGGGGUGCAGGCCAGAGCUGAGGGGCCAGAGCCGGUCCUCACUCCCUGCCACAGGGCUCUGCCACUUUGCUGUCCUGGCAUUGGCCCUACUGAUACUGCUGGAGGCUCUAGCCCAGGUGGAUGCCCAGAUGACAGCAAGAGCCCGGUGUGGGGCCCAUCCUCAAGCUAGCUACUCCAUCCACUUCCUCAUAUAUCCUGCACCCUUUCUCAGCUACUGUCUUCAGUCCCCACAGAAACAGCAUCAAGUGUGCAGAGGCAGACAGAUGGAAGCCAGCAGCACAAACUGCCCGUCAGAGAAGACCACAGUCUGGGCCGGAUAUUCUCACAGGAUGGACACACUGCAGAAGCAAGACCUCCAGAGGCCCAAGAUCCAUGGGGCAAGCAGGGGGUCCUCCUACCAGCCACCCACACUGGCCUCGCUGCAGCGCUUGCUGUGGGUGCGUCGGGCUGCCACGCUGAGCCACAUCAAUGAGGUCUGGCCCAACCUCUUCUUGGGAGAUGCGUACGCUGCCCGGGACAAGAACCGGCUGAUCCAACUGGGCAUCACCCAUGUUGUGAAUGUUGCUGCAGGCAAGUUUCAAGUAGACACAGGUGCCAAGUUCUAUCGUGGGAUACCCUUGGAAUACUAUGGCAUUGAGGCUGAGGAUAACCCCUUCUUUGACCUCAGCAUCUACUUUCUGCCUGUUGCUCAAUACAUCGGAGCUGCCCUCAACACUCCCCGAGGCCGCGUGCUGGUACACUGUGCCAUGGGGGUAAGCCGCUCUGCCACGGUUGUCCUGGCCUUCCUCAUGAUCUGCAAGAACAUGACGCUGAUGGAGGCUAUCCAGACGGUACAGGCCCACCGAGACAUCUGCCCCAACUCAGGUUUCCUCCGGCAGCUCCAGGUUCUAGACAACCGGCUGGGGCGGGGGACAGGGCGGCUCUGACCCAGAGAGCAACCAGGAGCCCUGACCCUCCAUCCAGUGUGGCCCAACCCGAUCAGCCUGGCCCUGGGGAUGGCAACCUCUGCUGUUUCCAGAGACUCUGAGAUGUCAACAACAGGUUGGGGCUUAGCUUAGGCAGAGGCAGGGAUAGCUGGGUGGCGACCUUUAGCAGGUAGAUCCCCUGACCCAAUCCAGAGAUUCUUUAUACAAAAGAGAAUUCAGUCUGUCUCUAUAAUAAAAGGUUCAUCAUAGUAAAGACA